AUGGAAGAUGGAAGAGCAAUUAAUAAAGAAGAAGAAAGAAGGGCAAUUAAUGAGGAGAAAGAAGAAAGAAGAAGAAAUGAGAAGGAGAAUGGAGAAACUGGUAAUGAGAAAGAUGAAGGAAGAGAUGAUGUCAAGAAAAGUGAAAGUGCAGAUGAUGAAGGAAAAGUUGGAAGACCAGUUGAUAUGGAAGAAGAUGGUAGACCAUAUGAUGAAAAAGUGGAUACGAAAGAAGACAGCAACAAAGAUGGGCAAGCGAAUUUUAGAAAAAAUGAAGGAACAAAUAAUUAG